AUGGCGGAGCUCGUCCGGAGUCCAAGAAUGAUGGCAAAAUUACAACACCAAGUGCGAGGGAUAGCGAGCAGAACAAAAGGAACGGUGAAAGAGGAGGAGUUGGACGAGAUGGUGUACCUGAAAGCCAUCAUCAAGGAAGUAUUACGUCUAUACCCGCCGGUCCCGCUAUUGGUUCCACGAGAGCUGAUGGAGGAUUGUCAAAUACAAGGAUACAACAUUCCCAAGAAAACACGAGUGAUCGUGAAUGCAUGGGCCAUAAGCAGAGAUCCAAGCCAUUGGGAAGCACCUGACGAAUUCAAACCUGAGAGGUUCAUCGGGGACGGUGCAAUGGACUUCAAGGGAAACGAUUUCGAGUUCAUUCCAUUCGGAGCAGGAAGGAGAAUUUGUCCUGGAAUGAGCUUUGCAAUUGCCUCUUUAGAGCUCGCAAUGGCAACCCUGGUUUAUCACUUUGAUAGGGAGUUGCCUGGUGGAUUGACAACGGAGGAUUUGGACAUGAGUGAGGCUUUUGGGUUAGUGCUCCAGAGAAAACAACGACUGCAUCUUCUUGCUAAACCAUGGAGUGUUUAG